AUGUCAAUUCCUACUACUUCUUUCGCCGUUGGUGCUGCUUCUCUCGAGGCAAUGGAGCAUCAGCUGCAAAAGAGCAUCAGUGAGCUAGAUAUGAGACCAAAGAACACGGUUGCAGAGACUUUGAAAGAAGGCAUCAGCCUUAAGAUCGAGAACGAAGGCGGCGAGAUGUACAUUUCCCUUCUUGUCUUCACCUCACCCAACCAAAGCAUGACUAACGUAUACCCUUCUUCUAGUUUCUUUCGCACACGCGGCACUCUCAUCGGCGGGCCCCACGCAUUAGGAUGUUCGGCACUGAACAUCGAACUCAAGAAUAAUGAUGGAAAUAUCUAUUUUGAACCCGUUGCCUCUUCCAACCCAUCCUCUAGUUGGUUUACAGGCGUGUGGGUUAAACUCCUGACCACGGCGGGAACACUAUACAUCUACCGCAACGAACUCCGCAUCAUCGGCCGCGGUAUGCUAGCUGGAGCGAAUCUAGCCAUGGAUCGGUGGGAACAACACCGCCGUCAACAAGACAGUGAUAGCAAGGGCAAGGCAGCAGAUAAGAGAAAAGAGCCAGGAAAUGACUCCAAGACCUCCGCCACGCAAACAGAAGAUCAUGCCACCAAUUACUCGCAGCCGCUCCCAAGGACUCGACUCACUCCUGAUUGGAAUAUACCACCCGGCUAUCAGAUCCCGCAAGCAGGAGGUGACUGUGCACACCAGUACCAGCAAUCCACUCACGACACCUCCAAUCCAUAUUGCAACUACUAUAACCCGAACUUGUGGACAUAUCCAACGCCAGGCUAUCAAGAACCAAGCUGCCAAUCUGUACGGCCAACAGACUCUACAUUCAUCCUCCGUCCUGAGAAACAGUUGGCACACAACAGUAUGGUCCAAGAGAACCAUUGCAAGAUCGGCGAAGAUAUCCUCGGAAGGGAUCGCGCUCCAUCAACUCCAUUGGAUUGUGCGGGUAAAAGCGUUCCUCUUGCUAGCAGUGUAGAUGAGUAUGUAAUUACCAGUGAUGGCAGCUUCACUGAACAGACUGAUGUUCCUGAUAGUGGUAGUGCAAGCGUGGGGCUAAAACAUUCCUACGACAGCAGCGGAUGUGAGGCAGACGUGGAGGUUAGCGAGGAGGAGCCUAUGUACUGUGCGGGAGCACGUGUUGUUGGGUAUCAGAUGGGCAGGGCGUUAUGA